UUGUGCAGAGUAGAGGAAUCGGACCUAUUUUCUUCUUAUUCGAAUCAACAUGCCAUUUAUUCUAAUAAAAUAAAAUUUAAGGAAAAAGAUGACUCGUCGAGAAAAAAGAAAGGUUCGAUUGUUAAUUUGGCACGUUUUAUUGACAAGAAAAUUCGAGUGAAAUUUCAAGGUGGACGAGAAGUUAAACCACAUCCACAAGCCAUUUCUAUCUCUAACUCAGGCAGAAAUGAGCUAAUUUUAGCUUCUGGUAUUUUGAAAGGAUAUGAUGCGCUAAUAAAUUUAGUACUGGAUAACGCUAUUGAAUAUGUUCGCGAUUCUGAAGAUCACCAAAAGAUUACUGAAGAAACCAGGCAGUUGGGGUUAAUAGUGGCUCGGGGUACGGCGAUUACAAUUAUUGCACCAAAUGAUGGAAUUGAACAAAUUGCCAAUCCUUUCGUGUAA